AUGGCCUCUGAUGCAAAACGUUCCAAAUUAACAACUGAACAAAGAGAGACAACUCUUGCACCACUGACAUCUGCUGGUUGGUCUCUUGUGGAAGGUAGAGAUGCCAUUUACAAAGAAUAUCUCUUUAAAAACUUUAAUGAGGCAUUUGGUUUUAUGACACAAACAGCUUUACAAGCUGAAAAGAUGAACCACCAUCCAGAAUGGUUCAAUGUCUAUAAUAAGGUCCAAGUAACGCUGACCACACAUGAUGUAUCUGGUCUCUCAGAGAAAGAUGUUAGGUUAGCUAACUUCAUGGAAACAGCUGCCCAGAAAUACAAAUAA